AGGAGGGGCCGCUGCCAUCAUCACCACCCGCUCUGCUGAUGGCCCCCAAGAAGAAGGAAGAGCCGGCUCCUGCCGCUCCGCCGAAAGCUCCGGAGCCAGAGCGGCCCAAGACGCCUCAGUUCAACCCUUCGGCCGUCACGCUGGAGUUCAGCCCGGAGCAGAUUGAGGAUUUCAAAGACGCCUUCCAGCUGUUUGACAGGACGCCCAACAAUGAGAUGAAGAUCGCCUACUCUCAGUGCGGCGACCUGGUCCGAGCGCUGGGUCAGAACCCGACCAACGCCGAGAUCACGUAUGUCCUGGGGAAGCCCAAACCUGAAGACAUGCAGAGUCAGAUGCUGGACUUUGACCAGUUCCUGCCCAUGCACCAGCACAUCUGCAAGGCCAAGGACCGCGGGACCUACGAGGACUUUGUGGAAGGCCUUCGAGUCUUUGACAAGGAAGGCAACGGCACGGUGAUGGGCGCGGAGCUGCGGCACGUGCUGGCCACUCUGGGGGAGAAGAUGAGGGAGGACGAGGUGGAGCAGCUGAUGCAGAACCAGGAGGACGCCAACGGCUGCAUCAACUACGAAGCGUUUGUCAAACACAUCCUGGCUUCUUAAGGGCGACGCGUGUUUCAUUAAAGCAAAAACUGA